GUGUGAGUGUGAGAGUGAGAGUGCGUGCGUGUCUGAAUGCGAGCGAGUGUAGUGUUAUUUUAUUAUUUUUAAAGGAACAUCUUUGAAUUAAAGCUGUGUUAGAGUAAAGGAAGGCUUCCGGAGGAGAACAUGUUAACCUACCUGGAGCAUACGAACUCAGAUGAAGUGGUAAAGAAGUAGUUUGCUGCGUACAGCUCAUGAACACAAGACGCAUCUACGCAGUUUAACUAAAUUCGGUUUAACAUCUUUAUCGACAUCGGCUAACCUGAAGUUCAGAUUGAUUUUUUUUUUAUUUUGUCGUAACUAGUAGGUUUUCAAGUAAAAUGCCUUCUGUAGGUCGCUCAGGUUAGCUAAUGAACUUGUAAUCGUCAUUUAAAAGACAUCAAAGUAGCUAAUUAUUGGUGAUAACCAUAAGCUACUUUACAUAAAAUGCUAAAGACACUGACGAAAAAGCUGAGAAGACAGUCACUCAAUGAAAUCCAUCCUUUCCAGCUCAAGAUUUCCUAUCAUGGCAGUGGAGAGGGAGGGGAGAGUGAUGACUCAGAAGGCGAGAACCAGGAGCUCGCACAGAUUGACAGAGAGAGACGGAGAAAUUGUGCCCUCACCCCUUUGGCCACUAGCCAGCAGCACAACCAGGGUCCCGUGUCUCCGGCCCGGUUACGACGCCUCCGUCUUCUACUAGAUGCCAAUCUGGACCGUCACUCAUCAGAGGAAGAGCUGGAGCGGAUCAGCUGCGGCGACAACAGGAAGUGGGUGUCCGGCUUUCCCCAGCGCCACAGCGACCAUCACAGUAGCCCCUCCAGCGAUGAAGAAGUGCGGGACCUGUGUGGCUGUCGGUCGCCCCCGGCCUCAGUCAGACCUCUGGUUGAGCCCGGUGCUGCUUGCCUGGCUGCCUCUCCCAGCCCUGUCCUGUUUAGCUCCAGCCCGCCACGCAACUUGAAACCACCCACAAUGAGGUUUCAGCUCCAGGUGGCUCAGCCACUCGCACGGCCCAUCAUCCUGACCCACUUUGACCAAUCAGCACCUUAUAGAAAGUAUCGGCACAGCUACAGCGGCGAACCGGGGAGACCCAGUCUGGACCUGGAAAAAAUGCAACAGAAAAUGCUGCUUAAGAAGAACUGUGGAGGGAAAACUCGGACAAUGAAGAUUCGGAAUCUUACCGGCAGUCGUCCUCCGUCCAGGUACACCUCUGACCCCGCCAUCUUCGCCUUCCGCUCCCUGAGCACAGCGCCCCCCUGUAGAUCCUUGACUCCGUCCGAGGACCCUCCUUGCUCCUAAGCAGACGUCAUCACCACCUCCACCAGACUCCACCCGAAACCACUUCACCAUCUUCUUCUUUUUUUUUUCUAAACUCUGUUGCACGUGAAGGACUGAGCUUUGGAAAGGUGUUCAUCUAAAGGUGGAACUGUUGCACUCUCAGGUAAUCCCUCCCUGCCCCUUUGAUCUCUGCCGGAGCCAGGACGCGACUCGGCAGAAAUCACUUUGUAUAGUUGUAAUUCAGGAUCAUUCAUUACACAAACAUGGACCAAGAAGGGGUUAACCUCGCUGAAGACUGUUUGGAUCACACACAGAAGGGAAUGAUGCAUGUUAGACAAUCAAGUGGUUCCAGGGUUUCUUCCUAUCUAAACAGAAAAGACUCCUCUAUCCUGUUACUGUUAAACUGAGAUGGCGGUCGCAUUUAUCUGUCUGAAACUACUUCUCUGGAUGUGUUGCUGCAAACACCAUACUGUAAGGUCGCGCUAUAACAAACAUGUAUGACUGUAGUUGAAUAGUCGACUCGAUGACGACUCGUCACUCGUCGGAGUUCCUCGUAUUCUCUUUUCUUGCAUGAAUCCCAGAACUCUGCAGAAACUGAGGUCUGGGGAAACAUUUAUGACUGUAGGGUUGCUGCACAUUUGGCUAAUCUGUUGUUCUGGAUAGCCUACACGUAGUGUGCCAUUUCAGUUUUAUUUUUUAUUUCCAGUAAUGUACCUCAGUUACAUUCUAGGUAGAAGAGGACCACUGGUCUAUCUAAAGAUUACUUAAUGCCUUGAAAUGACAUUCCUGCUAUAUUAAGGUCUGAGGUACUUCCCAUGCCCUGAAACGAGCUCAAACGCGUCACCGCUGUAACUAAGACUUCGCCGAAAUGAAUGUAACAUUGUGACAUGUUUUCGUCCAUUGUUGCACUAAAACACAAUUCAAUAAAUGCUCUGUGGCCUCUUCUUUA